AUGGCAUCCUCGUCGACAACGAAUACAUCAGAUGGCGCCAAGUCGUCAUCUUGCCCGAGAGGCCACUGGCGGCCUGGGGAGGACGAGAAGCUGAAGCAGCUCGUCGAGAAGUAUGGGCCGCAGAACUGGAACUCCAUUGCCGAAAAGCUGGAGGGGAGAUCAGGCAAGAGCUGCCGGCUACGGUGGUUCAACCAGCUGGACACUCGGAUCAACAAGCGGCCCUUCACAGAGGAGGAGGAAGAGCGGCUGCUCAACGCCCACCGCGCCCACGGCAACAAGUGGGCGCUCAUCGCCCGCCACUUCCCGGGCCGCACGGACAACGCCAUCAAGAACCACUGGCACGUCGUCAUGGCGCGUCGCGGCCGCGAGCGCUCCAGGCUCCUCGCCAGGGCCACGAGCUCCGCCGCCUCCUCGCCGUCCACUGGUGGGUACCUCUUUGGCGCCGGCACGCCAGCGACGAGCUCGCUCUGCUUCGGCUUCUCCAAGCUAGGUGGCGGUGGCAGCGGCGGCCUGUUCAGCUCGCCUGCGGCUGCACCUCGUACUUCACUGUUCAAGAGCUUUGGCACAGCCACUGGCGGUAGUAAGGGCUUCCUGGGGGCGAGUUUCGAGGCGUCAGGACGGUACAGCAGCUACAGCGGCAAGCAGCCGACGGCACCUCUUUCCAUCACCUUCUCCUCUCCAAGAGAAGCGCUAGGCAUGGAAAUCGGCCACCAUGGUCGCCAUGAACAUCACCGAAAGGAUUAUCACGCCAGCGACAGCGCCGCCGAUGAGCCACUGAAGAAGAAGGACGUGCCCUUCAUUGAUUUCCUCGGCGUCGGUGUGUCCUCGUAA